AUGGCGACAGCCGGGAAGGUGAUCAAGUGCAAAGCGGCUGUGGCAUGGGAGGCUGGGAAGCCCCUGUCGAUCGAGGAGGUGGAGGUGGCGCCGCCGCAGGCCAUGGAGGUGCGCGUCAAGAUCCUGUACACCGCCCUCUGCCACACCGACGUCUACUUCUGGGAAGCCAAGGGGCAAACUCCUGUUUUCCCUAGGAUCUUAGGCCAUGAAGCUGGAGGUAUUGUUGAGAGCGUGGGAGAGGGUGUGACAGAGCUAGUGCCAGGUGACCAUGUCCUCCCUGUCUUUACUGGAGAGUGCAAAGAGUGUGUCCACUGCAAAUCAGAGGAGAGCAACUUGUGUGACCUCCUCAGGAUCAACGUGGAUCGUGGCGUGAUGAUUGGUGACGGGCAGUCCCGCUUCACCAUCGAUGGAAAACCGAUCUUCCACUUUGUCGGGACCUCAACCUUCAGUGAGUACACCGUGAUUCAUGUAGGGUGCCUUGCCAAUAUCAACCCUGAGGCCCCCCUCGACAAAGUUUGUGUUCUCAGCUGUGGUAUCUCAACUGGUCUUGGUGCGACGCUCAAUGUCGCAAAACCGAAAAAGGGUUCAACAGUGGCGAUUUUCGGACUUGGAGCUGUAGGCCUUGCUGCCAUGGAAGGUGCUAGGAUGGCUGGCGCAUCAAGGAUCAUUGGAGUGGACUUGAACCCUGCAAAAUAUGAACAAGCUAAGAAAUUUGGAUGCACAGACUUUGUGAACCCAAAGGACUACACCAAGCCAGUGCAAGAGGUGCUUGUGGAAAUGACCAAUGGUGGUCUGGACCGGGCCGUGGAGUGCACUGGCCACAUCGAUGCCAUGAUCGCCGCCUUUGAAUGCGUACACGAUGGGUGGGGCGUGGCGGUGCUGGUUGGCGUCCCCCACAAGGAGGCCGUGUUCAAGACCCACCCCAUGAACUUCCUGAAUGAGAGGACACUCAAGGGAACCUUCUUCGGCAAUUACAAGCCACGCACGGACCUUCCCGAAGUCGUCGAGAUGUACAUGAGGAAGGAGCUUGAUCUGGAGAAGUUCAUCACGCACAGCGUGCCCUUCUCGCAGAUCAACACGGCGUUCGACCUCAUGCUCAAGGGGGAGGGCCUGCGCUGCGUGAUGAGGAUGGAUGAGUAGAUUUGGUGCUUCGACGUAUAUCUCUUUGCUUUAAAGAUUUGGUGGUGCUUGACAAGCAAAAGAGAAAGGAAAUAUAGUACAAGAAGAUUUUCCAUUUGAGUAAUAAUAAUGUACUAGUCGUCAUAUGUUUUAUUUUAGUUCUAUGGACACACAAA